UAUGGACUAGGAAUGUCCAGGAUGACGUCUUGUGUGCGGGGAAUGCGGGUUUGCGACCGCAUCUAUUUAACUACGCCUUCUCCGGUCUGAGGUCCUGGUAGGCAUUACACAGGAAAAGAGGGGUGGAGGAAAACGAAACGGAACCUCCUCCCCCUCCCCCUCCUCCUCCUCCCUCGGCGGAUAACGGUAUCCAAGAAGUUGUUCAGGACCGACGCAGACAAUAGCUACGAGGCUGCCCGUCUCGCGGGCUUUGAUACAUGCCCAUCACUACUUAUUAAUGCAGUGCACGUCCCCGCUGUUUCGCACAAAGAGGAGACCACUCGGCUGAAAUCAUAUCAUGGAGGAUUUAGGAGUGCCUGAGCCACCUAACUACCCUCUCAGUCCUCGUAUUGUUGUGUUUGAUGCCCUCCUCGCUGAUUUGGAGAACACCAGCUCUCCUCUAGCUCGGUCUCCCGUACUACUCACCUCUGACCCUCCACAAAAUGCUAAUCCUGCCUCCCAGGAACCUGCCCAAACCCGGCCGCCGCCGCCCGCUUACACCCCACAGCAAACUGUUUCUGCAGCUAUGAAAUCUUCCCAGAACUCCAACCCUGACAAAUUAUACAGCACAGUGUGUAAACCGCGCUCUCCCCGCACAGUGGAUCCUCCUCCAGCCUUCUCCUCCUCCUCGCUGUUAGGAGGAGGCCUGAGUGAGUUGGACCAUCUGUUACAGGAACUCAACGCCACCCAGUUCAAUAUCACAGAUGAAAUCUUGGCCCAGUUCCCUUCUUCUAAGAAAGAUGAGAGGGACAAGAUUAAGGACAAGGCCACGACCUCCUCCUCCAGUUUUGCGAAGCCUUCAGCAACAUCAGCCACACUGGAGCUGGACAAACUGAUGGCUUCUCUGUCAGACUUCAGAGUCCAGAGCACACCAGCUGCACCUGUCACUCCAGUGGUGACAGCGCCGCAGCAGCAGUCCGCCACUCUCCCACAGCCCUCAUCAGGCGGUUCGCUGGACAGCAUGCUGGGACUCCUCCAAUCGGAUCUGAGCCGACAAGGAGUUCAGACCUCCCCCAAGGGAAACUGUUCAGCCUGUCAAAAGCCAGUAGUAGGACAAGUGGUGACAGCUCUGGGGAAGGUUUGGCACCCAGAGCACUUUGUGUGCACAGAGUGUGAGACAGAGUUGGGCAGUCGCAACUUCUUUGAGAAGGACGGGCGGCCGUACUGCGAGUCAGACUACUUCACACUCUUCUCCCCUCACUGUGCACACUGCAACAAGCCCAUACUAAAUAAAAUGGUCACGGCUCUUGACAAGAACUGGCACCCAGAGUGUUUCUGCUGUGUUAAAUGUAGCCGGGCGUUUGGAGAGGAAGGCUUCCAUGACCGCGACGGCCAGCAGUACUGCCAGCAGUGCUUCUUGACUCUGUUUGCCUCUCGCUGUCAAGGCUGCAGCCAGCCUAUUCUGGAAAACUACAUCUCAGCUCUAAACUCUCUCUGGCACCCACAAUGCUUCGUAUGUAGGGUGAGUGUUUGUCUCUGGGCUUGAGGACUGUGUCCACGGAUUAUGCUGGUAUGUGCUGUAGCACUGUAACACUAAUUAACUCUGAGAAAAAGUCAGGUUGAUUGGAGAAGGAAUAUAUAGGGUAAUAUUAUACGCAGGAUCAUAGAUAGUACUGCGGACAGUUGUGGGGGGUUAUAAUGACAUGAUGAGGACUUUAGAUGCUUCAUUUACACAUGUUGGGUUUUUUAAAGGCUCACUAAACAGAGGUUGGUUGGUGGUGUGUCACAUGGUGAAGUUCUGGAUUUAUAACCUCAGUAUUUCUAAAAUCUUUGCUGGAAAUAGGUCAUGGAGCAUUUUUGAAACCAACACACUGUUAUUAGUGUCACAUGAUUCACUGAUUCAGACAUUUUCCCCAUAACUGCCACAGUAAAGCUGUUCUGUGACUGACAGUUCAGAUGUUGGUGGUACAGUGUGAGUGUGCAUAUGAUGUUCCUGAAAAAAGCUCUCAGGAAAAACUACCAUGUAAUAAAUGUUUUCCAGACACCCUAACGCUAAAAUAAGUUGGGA